AUGCCACGAGCAGCCGCUGCUGCGCAAGCUGGAGGAACGAAGAAGACCAGCCAGUCGAAACCAACUGACAAACCCGCGCCAAAACAAAAGCGAGCCACGAAAUCCACUCAGAAAGCUCCAAAGGAAACGAAGGAGGUCUACUCCACUUACUUGGAACUCAUGGAAAUGCCACCCGAAGUCUUCAAUGAGCGCCGCGAACACAUCGAGGCUCGUUUACUGAAGGCGGGAUGGACUAAGCAGCAUAUUAAGCCUUCUCCGAAUAACUAUGACGAGUGGAAUCGAUUGCUACUACAGCCCAAACCAAUCACGGACCAGAUCUGGGAGGACUUGUACCCCGAAUUCUUACCACUCCUCGAAUCAAACAAGGACUACAACUACCGCAUCGAUAACAAAGGCCAGCGAUAUGAUCGUAUAAAUAAAUUACAACCCCUAGUGUCAAAGGUUAGAAUCGCGCUACCGCCAUUGGUGCAUCUCAUCCGCAAGGAUUCCUCAAACAACAACCCGGCCGCUCAAUCUACCAGGCCUCGUGAUAUUUUUCCAACAGACCAGAACUCUGACAUCAAAGUCGAACAACCAUUCCCCUCGACAAGCGAACUCCUCACGUGGCCCAUGAUCAAGGACAUAGUGGAUGGUGACGUACCACUGGAAGAAGUCGAGACAAGGUUCAACAAUAUCAGGGACGAAUUUGAUCGAGCAGUCGUAGAGUGGCGCGAUAACAUUGAGCGCGAUCUUGUCACAAUUUGGAACACUGGCCGAGAGGAUGAGGAUGAUACUGAGACGUCUACGAGUAAAGAGAAAGAGAAAGGAAAGAGCGACGCGCGGAUGGCAAGGCCAAACACCCGGAACGCUAGAGUCAGCACCGGUACAUCUGGUAGUACUUCAAGUUCCAACUCUACCCAGCUGGUGCUCCCCGAAUUCAUAGCCACUUAUACCAUGCCCGACGGUACCACCACCACAAAUAUAUCAGACCUUUCUUCGAAUCUUCAGCUGCUCCUUCGUGCCGAUACCAUGUUUACAAACGACGGCUUUAUCCUUCGUCACACUUAUCCGGCUAUUAUUCCCCGAGCGGUGCAACUUGCCAGAGUUAUUGGAGGACCCGAAGAGCUGAACUAUGGCAGUCGAUGGAAUUCGACUAAACUGAGGCGGGAUGACGAGUCGUCGGCCAUUGCAAAGGAGCUACUAUCACGAGUUGGACGGUCGGGUGCAACUUCAAUUGAGAUGGAAGCAUUGGGCGGAAACUUUAGGUGUAUGAGGUGCAAUCGGACUCUGACCGAUACCUGGGAAAACCUGGUUAUGCACUUUGGUAAAGAGCAAACUCAGUACAGACAGGGACAAGAAAAGAUUCAAGCUGACCCCGGGCGUGGGUUUAUCUACAACAACACGCAUGGGCUGGGGCCUGAAGAUACUAGACCAUUCGCGGAGUUUAUGACACCACAUGAGGCGGCAGACUAUGCCUUCGAAGCCUCAAUGCAGCCCUCGCCGAUGAUGAGAUGCAUGAAAUGUGAGGAGAUGGGCAUUGAUUCCCGUUACUUCAAUACCACUAUACCUGGGUACGAAAACCCAAUUAUUGAGCAUUUACGCGAUGUGCAUGGUGUACCAAAAACGAAAGUUCGGGCAGGCGUACAUUAUCGGGCGUGGGCCGGCGGAUUUUAA